GAGAGAGAGGUGGUGCAGAGAGCCAGGAGUGAGUGAGGCGACAGAGCGGAGGUGACAGCGGAGAAUGGAGAGGAGCCCGUCCGCCCGGCGAGCUUUGACCGCGGCGAGCGAGGAGAACCCACUCGGCCCUUUCCUUCUGGAGCCAGCGUGCUGAAAGAAACCGGGAGGAAUUAACAGGGGGCAAAGGAAAGGAAUGGCUGAUCCUCUGCGGAGGACUUUACUAGCGAAACUCCGGGGGAAGAAAUCCAAGAAAGGAGCUACGGUCGGCGGUGGAUACGGCUCUGCUGCUGCUGCGGCUGCUGCGGCGAAUGGGGGCCGAGAAGGUAAAGAAAAAGUUUUGCAAACGCAGCGAGACUCCGACGAGGCUCGCCCGGUAGUGUUGCUCGCAGGGCUGGAUUGCACGACAGAGAGAAUGAGUACAUAUGAGAAUUGUGUUGACGGGGCGAUGGUGCAAACCGGGGGGGUUGUAAUAGUCCGGGAGAGUCGCGCAGCAGAGUUGGCCGGCGCACGUCUCCAGGAGCGGAGCAGCGGGGGCAGGGUUCGGGUUAAUGAGGAGCUCCUGGGGGUCUCACUUCAAAGAGACGUGCAGUUUGGGGGACACGCGGUGAGGGAGGGAGAUAGGAGCCACCAGGGGCCCAGAACCGGUGGCAAAAUUGCGUUAACGGCGGGAGUCACGCAAGGAGAACCGCAUGUCCACAGAAAACACUUCGUCUCGGUCCCGCAGCAGUGCAGCGUUGGGGAUUCAAUUGGGUUUGGGGACAAUUCAAACCACGUUUUGUACCGUGCACGGGUAGAACCGGAUACCGGGGUGGGUAAACCACCAGAGGGCCGGGUUACUAGUACUGAUAGUGAUGGGACAGAGCCCAGGGACAGAGGACACUCCCGGCACAUGGCAGGGACAGUAGUGGCUGUGAACGAACGCAACGCCAACAGGAGUUUUGACAACCAAACUUUGGAGACAGACACGCCAGUUUGCGCGGCACUUGCGCACCCAAGAAACACGGAAGAGAACAUUUUAAUCAGAAACGUUGAGACUUACGGGCCCGAGUACGCAGGGGACAUUAGAGGGACUGCUGGCACUCUGCAGAGCCCGACGUUUUUCCCCACAGAGUUAGAAAUAUGCGACAUAAACAUGGCAUCCCUGUGCGCCACAGAGGGCUCACUCAGAUACACUUUAGAUAGCGAAGAUGAUGAUUAUUAUGACAAUGAGAUUCUGCCUUUUUAUGAAACUGUGAGGGCAAAAAGUGAUGGCGACAGAGCAGAGGUUGCAGAGCUGCCACAGCCCUGUCAGGAUAAAGGUCAGCUGGAUGACAGUAACAGUGCCCAGGAAACAGACAGGCUUAGGAACCAGCUGAAAGAAGCAUAUUAUCUUCUAAUCAACGCUAUGAAUGAUAUCAACCUGGAUGUCCAGCAGAUUAGCGGUGGUUUAACGGAGCAGCAGGCCACCUCCUCCUGUAGUAGCCACUCCAGGGAUAGCCUGUGCUCCAGGUUGUCUGCCAAAAACAUGGACAGUGACUCCUGGUCCUCAGGGGGCGACCACAGCCCUCAGCAGGUGUCUGACACUGACUCACUCCUGCUUUGCCUCAGUGGAAACCUUGAGUCAUGCCUCAGAGGUAGACUUAACAGUAAGAGUAUGGUGAACCUCUCCUUGACCAAGAAAAGACCCACGUUACUGCGCUCUGCUAGUGACGGAGCUUUCAGGUAUCCAGGUGGACCCUCGCACUUUGUUCGGGCCCCUGGAGCGCAGGGUCUGGUAGUCAUUGGUGAAAAAGGGGCCACAGAGACAAAAGAGGCUGAAGUCGCAGGAGUGGGUGAGCGGUCAGAGCCUCGGGCGCUUUACAGUGCCAUCAGCAGUGAUGAGCUGCUACAGGAAGCUGGCGGUGAUGAAGACCGUGGCGGGCAGCUUAAUGAGAGCAGCGGCUCGGUCAACAGCCUCACAGGUUCGUCAGACAGCAACGCCGAUGCAUCGACACAUCAGGGUCACGACAACAAGCAGGAGCUGACGGGAGUGCGAGCACAGGGGGCUAACCCUGCCAACAAGGGGCACGGUGUCACUGUCAACAAGAUGCAAGAGUGGAUGCACAAGGGCCGUUUGUUGUCCUCUGAGAUGAAGCAACGCAUCGAGGGCUCAGCUUUGCCCCGUGGUGGAGGCCAAAGCCAGGACCGCUCCUGUCAUCAGGCUAACCUCGGUGGGUGUAAACCGGGGGUCCAGACAUCCAGCCGAGGGGUUAAAUCUAUCAAGACCAAGUCACCUACAAUCAAGUCAUCACGGCAGCAGCAGCCAGCUUUCAUUGAGAAUGUCCAAACCCCCUGUGCUAACGGACGGGAGGUUGGCAGGGCCAAUGAGUCAUGGCGGCCACCGCUCACCACCAUCACUGUCUCCAAGAAGCGGAACUGGCUGCAGCAGAGCUCCCUUGGGAAGAACCACUGCACCAAGGACGAGCUGCAGGGAAUGCUGGGAGCUGAGGAGGAGGGCAACCAGGGCUCCCAUCAGCCCCCACCUCCUCCCAGUCCUUCUCCAGACCACCUGAGACCCUCAGGGGGAGCCCUAUCACGGCCAGCCCGCCUGCACCUGCCUCAGAUUAGCGUCGGUCAGGCCAAAGUGCCUCCUCACCCUCGGAGCGUGGACCCAGCUGAAGAGAAUGACGCCGACGAUGAAGGAGAGAUCUGGUACAACCCGAUCCCUGAGGAUGAAGAACCGGAGACGUCACAGCGACCCUCCGUUCGAUUGUUGGUUCCCCCUCGAGCAGAGCCCCAGAGGAGGCCCAGCAGGGGAGGGGAUGUGGGUCAUGGUGGCAGGAACCCGGGGAGCAGCAGCGGUGCCGGGCCGGAGGCGCUCGGGGAAAGCCUCGGUGGAGGUGGCGGUUCAGGAGAUGGGAGUCAGGGGAACGCUGUACAUUCCACAGAGGCAAUACAUCUGCACAGACAGAUGCUCGCGUGCAAACCUCAGGAGGAGGGUGGGCCUUCCACCAGCAAAGCCACAGAUGGUCCUGACCUGCCCAAUGCCGUCAGCUCUCCUCCAUCCAGCCCGAACCCGGCCAAGAAGAGCAGCUCCAUCAACUGGUCCUUCCCAGACAAGAUCAAGUCCCCGCGCACUGUAAGGAAGAUCUCCAUGAAAAUGAAGAAGCUUCCGGAGCUUAGCCGGAAACUCAGUGUCAAGGGGACACCGAGUAGCAGUAACAGCAACAAUGGAAGUCAGUUAGAGCCUAGAGCCCAUUCUCCGCGAAACAACGGGAGUGGGUCGGAGGUGGCCCCCCAUUCCUCAGGCCCUCCCAGAUUAGCUGCAUCUGGGGGUGGGCAGGCCAGCCGCAAUGUGAUCUCACGCUACCACCUGGACAGCAGUGUGUCCACACAGCACAGCUUCAGCAAGAAGAAAAGUAACGGCAGCUCUAAGUCAGCCAGUAAAGGUGGCUACCUCAGUGAUGGUGACUCACCUGAGCUGGUGGCCAAGUCUGGGAAGCAUGGCUCUGCGGAGGGGAAGGGAGGGAAAGGCAAGGAGACGGAAGGAGGAGGCGGAAGCUCCAAACUCAAUGGCACAGAGCUGGACAUUGAUGCUUUCAGGCAUUACAGCUUCACAGAGCAGCCAAAGUGCAGCCAGUACAUCUCGGGACUGAUGAGCCUGCACUUUUAUGGUGCUGAGGACCUCAAACCUCCACGCGUUGACUCUCGUGACGUCUAUUGUGCCAUCCAAGUGGACUCAGUUAAUAAAGCACGAACCGCUCUCCUCACAUGUCGAACUACCUUCCUAGAUAUGGACCACACCUUCAACAUUGAGCUGGAGAACGCCCAGCACCUGAAGCUGGUGGUGUUCAGCUGGGAGCCCACGCCGAGACGCAACCGUGUCUGCUGCCACGGUACGGUGGUUCUGCCAGCGCUCUUCCGGGUAACACGCUGCCACCAGCUGGCGGUGAAGCUGGAGCCUCGAGGGCUGAUCUAUGUCAAGCUGAGCCUGAUGGAGCAGUGGCAGAACUCGCUGGAUGGUGGGCCAGAUGGAGACAGGGAGCCCCAGGUGUUUGGCGUGGAGGCGUGGCGGGUGGUGGAGAGGGAGAACACAGGACUGAUGGUGCCGCUGCUCAUAAGCAAGUGCAUCAAUGAGAUCGAAAAGAGAGGCUGCCAGGUGGUGGGUCUCUAUCGUCUGUGUGGCUCUGCAGCCGUGAAGAAGGAGCUGCGUGAGGCGUUUGAGAGGGACAGCUACGCCAUAGAGCUGUGUGAAAACACGUAUCCUGACGUUAAUGUCAUCACAGGAGUGCUGAAGGACUACCUGCGAGAGCUGCCCUACCCUCUGAUCACCAAGAACCUGUAUGAGGCAGUGUUGGAGUCCAUGGCCAUGAGGCCUCUGCGGAUAGGAGCGGCGGGCUGCGAGAACGACCAGGCCGACUCUGAGCACACUGUCAGCCUGCUGGACAUCCUGCCAGAGGUGGAGAGGAUGACACUGCGGAGGCUUCUGGACCACCUAAAGUUGGUAGCGUCCUACCAGGAAGUGAACAAGAUGACGUGUCAGAACCUGGCGGUGUGUUUCGGCCCGGUGCUGCUCAGCCAGCGUCAGGAAGCGUCCUGCCACACCAACCGAGUCUUCAUCGACUCAGAGGAGCUGGCCAGCGCGCUACACUUCAAAAAACACAUCGAAGUCCUGCACUAUCUGCUCCAGCUCUGGCCAGUUGUAGACCUAAAUGGCCACUCCUCCUCCCAGCCCCAUGCAGCCUCUUUGGCUCUGGCCUCAUCUGACCUGCUGUCCGCUCCUCCAUUACGGCGGAGAAAAGAGCGCCCCCAGGUCCUGAACCUCUCUGAAGCGGAGAUGGUGGGUGUUCUGCGGCCCAGACCGGGUCGCCUGGACAGCCCAAGCAACCGCUACGCCGGCGACUGGAGCGGCUGUGGCGAGAGCUACUUCCCUUCUGAAAUUCUGCUGCCUCCCAGCAAAGAGGAGGCGGACUAUGAUGACGUGCCUUCAGAGGAUACAGAGGCAGUUGAGGAGGGCCAGGAGAAGCCUGAUGACGCAGAGGAAGAUGACGGGCAGAAGGUCACAAGCCCCGCGUCUGAUCCUGCUGAGCCAGAGCAAGCUCAGAGAGAGGAGGUAGUGAAGGAGGAGGAAAAGGAGGAAGAAGAGGAGGAGAACAUUGUAGAGAGUGAUAGUUCAGGAAAUGGGCAGGCAUUAGAGGACAAGGAGGAGGAGAGGGUGUGCGACCACAUCCUACCCCCCUGUCUGCCCAAAGAGCACACCUACCAGGCGUACAUGAAGAUCCAGGAUAUCAGCCCCGUGCUGAGCAACAGGGUCAACCUGAGAGACCUGCAGGAGAGCAUCGACACUCUGAUAGGAAACCUGGAGAGAGAGCUCAACAAGAACAAGCUCAACGUCGGAUACUGACUCCUACCACAGUGACACACACACACACAUAUCCACUCACACACUCAUUAAGCCUGUUGAGGUUUGGGGGAAGACCUUAUUUACCGAUCAAGGUGCUUCAGGAUACAGCCACAGUGUUUCCAUGGAGAUCCUGUCAUGUCACCAUGGCAGCGUGGUGCGGUGCUGCUGUAAAAACCUAAAGGAUGAGAUGAGACGACAUGUAACAGGGCACUUCUGGCAUUUGUACCUUACCCAUAGACAUUCCGUAAUGUUUUUAUUUUGCUUUGAUUUUGUCGACUUUAUGUUGUUGUUGUUGUUGGUUUUGUUUCAGUCCGGUUCUGUGUUCCAUGUUGUUAUUGUUGCUUCUCUUCUUAUUAGAAGAACCCAUUGACCCCUCAGGGGUUUAAAAGGUGCCUUAAUUGUGUGAAGGUGGUACGUCAAGAGGAAAAUCCGCUCUGAAAUAAAAUGUCUCCCCUCGUAUGAUCUUGAUACGGUGUUGGCAACCAACACGAUAACCUCUAUGAUGUUAUGAAGAGUUGUUUUUACAUUGAAAAAGGCUACAGUAUAGAUGUACAAAUAGGUACGAAACCACCCUGGGUGCUAUGGGGCUCUUCUCAUGCAAGCUUUCAAUCGGUGAUACUGAUGCCGACAUUCGUAGUUUAAGUUACUGAUAGACCAUUUUCAUAGCAGAAAAUCCCAGUGCUUCCGAGUAUUUUUUUUAGUAGGCUUCUGAAGCAGCAUUUUGGACAUUGGACACUUCCACAUCGAUACAGUGGUAGGAAAAAAUCUAGGACGCGUUAGGCCUUUCAAUUAAGAAAUUAAAUUAAAGUCAGUAAUAAGGUAAUCAAAUAAAAACAAUUAAAAAUGUGCUAAGAAAACAAAAGCAUCCUGUCAGUUCUAUAGUUAAGGCAGGCCCUCUAUUACUUUUGGCAGUGGAAGAAAUGUUCCAAUAUUUUAUUGAACCGCAGAACAUUAGUCUCUAACGCUGAAUGGGAAAACUCUGGAUUUCUCUGGGAUUGUGUUCAGAGUUCAUAGCUUCUGCUGUCUGUUUUCAAGCAUGUAAACACAGUGUUUAGUUACACAAACCGAGAUCAUAGGAGGAACAUGUGUACGUUCUUUUUGAGGGUGGAUUUCCUUUUUAAGGCAGCAGAGAGCUUUUCUAUUGAGGUAUGAAACACUAAAUGUUGUACAACAAUAAUGCACUUAUGAGGCAGGCAGUAGUGUAGAUUGUCAUUAUAGUUCAUGCAGUACAAAACAUAUGGACUGUGGACUGAAUUGAGGGGCAAACAGCCGCCACUGAAACCUCCUCUUAAAGAUUAAGCAAAUAAAGAGUAUGGCUUGAAAUGUAUUUACUUCCUGCAUUGUACGAUAUGCUAAGACACCCAUCUACAGGUAUACACACACCUGUCAGAAUUGGAUGCAAGAUAAGGGUAAUAACACUCUUAUCUCUGUUCACAGAAAGCUGUACAGUAGAGAUUUAUUUGAUUAAGCAGGCAACUAUAAACAGAGAAAAUGUGUUUCAUAUACAGUUUAGGCUUAAAGGUAUAGUCCAACAUUUUGGGAAGAUUGUUUAAUUCACUUUCUCGUAGAGAAUUAGAUGAGAUUGAUUCCACUUUCCUGUCUGUAUGAUAAAUGUUAAGCUAGAACAAACAAACGAAACAAGUUAAUUAACACAAUCUAUCAAGUUUGUUUAAUUCGUGUGGUUACACACGGUCUUUAUGGUACACUAAGAUUAAAGAGUGGUAUCAAUCUUCUCAUCUAACUCUCAGAAAAAAAUAAUCAAAUAAUCUAAAGAUGUCGAACUAUUCCUUUAAAAACCUCCAACCAGUUACCUUCCUGCUUCUCCCAGCUUCUGGCAAAACCGUGAAAUAGCCCGAAUGUGAAGCACAAUUUUCAGAGCAGCAGUGGAAACAAGUGGAGGGCCUCAGUUUGUACGACAUAGCUAGCUGCCUAAAUCGACAAAGGACGUUUUCAGCAAUCCAGGGAUUCAGAAUGAUCAGUAUUUAACCUAUAUGUAUAUGUAUAUAAUUAUAUAAAUGUAUUCGGAGUAUAUUAUUUUUACAGCUUCUAUUUCAAUGGCGUAUUUAAAUACUUCUGAUGACCUCGUAGUGUUGACUAGUAGCGAUAGUCGCUUUUUCUCCCUUCAAGCUACCUGUACACAUCUUAAUGUGCUGGACUAAUGGUACAACUUUAGCUGUAAAAUAUAUGAUAAAAUCGUGCUCUUGCAGAAAAAGUGAUAUUGUUAUUUUUAUUGUAUUGUGUAUAUAUUUGACAUUGUUUUGUGUCUCUGGUGGACUAAGCUGUGUUCAAGAUUUUUGGCGUGUUUUUUUUUUUUUUUAAGGUACUGAACGUUGCAUGGUCAAAAGCUUUACUGACAUAAACAAGGCUCUGUCUCAUCUGCCUUUGUAUUUGAUAUUUAUGUGUAAAAAGACUUAUUUUGCAAUGUAUGCUCGUUUGUUCGUCACCCUGUUCCUCCAGUAGACAGAAGACUGCAUUGGUUAGGCUUUUCUCCAGAGGACUUAAAGGAAGACAUUGAUUCAGUUCUCCAUCUCAAAAAGUCUUAUUUUAAGAAGUGGACAUUUUCAGUUUCAGUACCAAAUUAGCAUCUUUCUAGAAUUUUCUAGAAAAUAAGUCUGAGUAGACGGCCACGCUGAUGCAAGAAUAACUGAACUGACAAGUGAAACCUAUUUCCAGAAUUUACAGAGACUGAUUUUAAGGGGCGCCCUGGUAGCUCACACGGUGACCAAGGCUUUGUUGCAUGUCAUCCCCUUUCUUCCCCCCUUUGCUGUCCCUCUCUCAAGCUGUCUCAAGACAAACCCAUUAAAGCCCCUAAAAAUAUAGUAUUUUUCAGAAAGAGACUGGACUUGAAGAAGAAUUAGCCGAUAAGGUUGACAUUUUGUCAGUUUGCUUUUUUCUUCACAUAUUUUUCAUUUUAUUUUCACCGUUGUUCCACACCCCGCCCUCCUCCAUGCUGUCUGUUCAUGGUCCUGCUGCUUCGUGGUGAAGCUGUGGCUGCUGCUGCUGUCAGUCUGAGCGUGUCCGGUGAAAGUGAGUUUCAGCGGGGUUCCUUUCAAACCAUCUGUCUGCCCGGGCCAACACAAAAAGAACCUUAUUUUUACAGUGAGGAAACCAAUGCAGAGCAUCACCUGCAGUUUGAUCUCAUUUCGAUUUAAUUUGUGGAUUUCUGUCCACAAACUCUUCAAAGAUCCAGUUUUACUGAGAUGUUUUUGUGAGGAAGCCUUCUAAAAAUACACUCUUCCUGUAGUUUUCCUCAGCUGUGUUUGGUUUUACACAUUCAGUAAUUCACUCUUCAGGCAUUCCUGACUGUUUUAGCAUCCUCUCACCUUCUCACCUCUCUGUCACACUGAAUAUAUCAGCAAACCACCUGCAUCUACAUAUGGCUAGUCUUUCUGUCUUGUCCUCUUUGUCCUUUGGAGAGAAAAAUGUCACAUCACUAAACAAAACAGAAAAGUGCUUUGUAUUGAUCCUGAGAAAUGUAUGGUCAUAAUAAAGUAUAUUAUUUUACAUUCA